AUGUUUGUCCGAUCACCCCGCAGAUUUGCGAUAGUUUCCUUUAUAGCAUUGGUUUUCAUCUUCGCCGUCCUACAGCAGAGCCCAUGGGCGAACGAGAAGGUGUACGAGCGCAUGCCGCUCUUCAACUCGGGGAAUAGACCGCCGACACAGGAGCUCCUGAAUGAAAGUCCAGGCGAGGCGCAGGCGCAUCUCGAGGAUGCAUGGCAUAAUGCCGUGCCCAUCCCCGGCGCGAUGCCUAGCCCCGUGGAUGCGCAAUCGCCAGCGGAGCCAGCAGAGGUUAUGCUGCCGCCAAUGGAAACCUCGCGCGAGCCUGAGGUCGACGCAUCGAAGCCCACCAAGCCUCACCCGCCAUGGGUGACGGCACCGUCGAGGACAGGCUCUUUCAUCCCUCCCUACCCAACACCAUCCAACUGGAAGCAGUACAUGGCGAAGAUGCUGGACUGGCCGCGACCGAGCUGGAGUGGUCACUGGCCGCCAUUCGGCGACUACGUCGACAAGAAGUACGACCCGAACCGGUGGGAACAAUUCGAUUUGGACUAUCGCAUCUACGAGUCUAGCCAUGAUAAGCUGAACGAUACGAUUGCCUCUGAUCCGAUCGCAUACAAGCCGUUCCCCAAGUACAACACCCCAAAGUGGAAGCAGAAGUGGCACGGUGAAUACGUGGCUUGUCUGGGUCCGCGCGGCAAACCCCUCAACGAGAGCACCGACGACGAGGUUCAGGUCUACCGCGGCAUACCAGAGGACUUUCCCCCGGUAUACGCUGGUGGCUAUGAUGUCAUCGGACUCGACGACGAUGUCUGCUUCGACCGAUACUCACGAUACGGUCCGUACGGAUAUGGUGAUGAUGAGUUCCCAGAGGAGGUCAAGAACUGGAAGGCGCCCGCUACUGUCCCCGAGUGGCCUCAGGUGAACUGGGGUGCGCUGCAGGACGAUUGUCUUGAGCGGAACAAGGGGCGCUACCGGCCCAAGGCCAGAUCCCCAAUCGUAAAGAUUCCCAGCACUGUCCUACCUGAGCCCGCGGCGGCGUCGUCGGCGUUUGCGAUCCCCACAGACACGAGCCGAAGCAACUUGGAGAACCGCGAUGACAGCGAGAAGAAGUACCACCACCGCACGGCCAUUCUCAUCCGUGCCUGGACCGGUUACAACUACGAAGAGAACGACAUCACCGCCAUUCGCGCCAUGGUCUCCGAGCUCUCCCUCCAGUCCGGCGGUGAAUACCAAGUCUACCUCUACGUCCACGUCAAGGACAGAGAUGCACCCAUCUUCGACAGCCAGUAUGAAUACGAUCGCAUUCUAAAAGAAAACGUACCCGAGGAACUGCGCGACAUUGCUAUCCUAUGGUCAGAAUCCAUCUUCCCGAAAUGGUAUCCCAAGGUUAUGGACUGGCAGGUAUAUUGGCAGCAAUUCAUGUGUCUACAAUGGUUCAGUCUUACGCACCCCGAAUUUGAUUACGUCUGGAACUGGGAAACAGACGCUAGAUACACUGGACACCACUAUCACUUCUUCGAGAAGAUCAGCGAGUUCGCGGAUAAGCAACCGAGGAAGCUGCUGUGGGAGCGCAACAAGCGAUACUAUCUUCCGAGCGUACAUGGAGACUACCAAUCAUUCGUCGAAAACACACACAAGGACGUCUUGAACGCAUCUGCAAACUCGCUCAUCCCACCACCCGUAUGGGGACCACGGCCAUGGAGACUUGCCAUCCCUCCCCAGAAGCCACUAGGCCCUACACCACCCACAACUAUGGAGGAAGACAACUUCGAGUGGGGUGUUGGUGAGCCUGCGGACUUCAUCACUCUUCUUCCGAUGUGGGACCCCAGGAACACGACUUGGUCUUACAAGGAUAAGAUCUGGAACUACCUGCCUCACAUCCGACCAAUCUUCACGCCAGAGGACGGCCAGGCCGAUUGGUUCACUCAUCCUAUCUUCGAACAGAUUGAUCGCCGGACUUUCAUCAACACAGUUGUACGAUUCAGCAAGAAGAUGCUGCAAGCUAUGCAUGAGGAGAACUUGGUUGGACGCAGUAUGCAGGCCGAGAUGUGGCCCUCGACAGUUGCACUCCAACACGGUUUGAAAGCCGUAUACGCACCUCACCCGAUCUUCAACGACCGCCACUGGCCCGCCGCCUACACCGAAGCCAUCUUUGAUACCGCAUCGACCGUCGAUGAAGAGACAGGUGAAGCAUUGGAAAGCCGUCAAGGCGCAUGGACCGAAGAAGCCGACUCACCCUACAACCACGACCGCGAGUUCAACUUCCAAGGCUGGAGCUGGUACUACGCAUCACGCUUCCCACGUAACCUAUACCGACGAUGGCUCAACUGGCCCAUUGUCCAACAAAACUGGGGAGAGUCGGAAAAGAUCGAUGGUGGACCAGGCUCUGACGGCGAGCUGGAGCAAAAGAGGAUGUGCAUACCGGGUAUGCUACUCCAUCCCGUAAAGAGGAUGGCCAAGUACAAGGAAAAGCCUUGA